AUGCCCUACAAUAACACCCCCAUCCAGCCCUCCAAAGAAGUCACAGGCACCGUCGCGCUCCCUCUCGCUCGCGUAAAAAAGAUCAUAGCGACCGACGACGACAUCUCCAACUGCUCCAACAAUGCCGCCUUCAUGAUCACGGUUGCCGCCGAAAUGUUCCUACAGCACCUCGUCGAGCAGUCCCACAACGUCGUCAAGAGCGAGAAGAAGCCGAGGAGGAACAUCCAAUACCGGGACAUAGCGAACGCAGUAGCCCGCGUCGAGAACCUCGAAUUCCUCACCGACGUCGUACCAAAGACUACCACCUUCCGCCAGCACAAAGCGAACGAAAGACGCGCCCAGCAACAAGCCGAAGCUAGGCCGCAAGGCGAGGCAGCAGAGGGACAAGCACCCGGGGAGCAACGUCCAGGCGAUCAGAUGCGGAUAGACGAGAUGCCCAGCCGCGCUCCUGCGCCCGAGGGACCUCCCACUACGUCUGCGUACCCGCAGGUCGUCAUACCGACGAGUGAGCUCGAAGUGGAAGCGCAGGCGACGAACGGGGCGAGUAAGGGGGAGGGUGGGGAUCGCAUGGAUGUUGAUGACGAGGUGGUAGUGCAUCAUUCCGGACCUGGGGCGGAUGGGCAUACGGGAAGAUGA